AUGAAUAGAAAAUUAAAAUUGAGUCGUAUUGGUGUUGGAGGAGCUAGUGGCAGUGGUAGUGUUGAUGGUAAUAAUAAUAAUGGUCUUGGAAAUAGAAAAGAUCUGGCUUGGAAACAUGGUUUUGAAGUUGAUACUUCAGGUGGAAAUGCUGAAAAUAAGAAAAAUUAUAUUUACAUUAAGUGUAAAUACUGCAGGAAGCUUAUUACGGGUGGUGUUGCAAGGUUGAAACAACACCUUGCUCACACUAGAAAAGGUGUUGCACCAUGUAAGGAGGUUCCCAAAGAAGUUAAGAAUGAAUUUGUGGAGCUCUUGAAACAAAAAAUAUUAGAAAAGUGUGUGGCUCAAAUGAUAUUCGAAGAGAUGGUUGAGUCGGGAUCUUAUUACACUAAGACUUGUGCUCCCAUGUCUGCUACAGGUGUAAUAGGACCAAUUAAUAGGUUUAUGGGUGAUGGUAGUGAUAGGACAACCGCUGAACAAAUCCAUAUAACUCCCGAAAAUGAGAAAGAAAUGCGUGAUAAUGUUUGCAUGGACAUUGGGAGGUGUUUCUUUGAGAAUGCUUUGCCUUUUCAUUUGGACUUGAAUAUUGAAGGAGGAGAUACUGACACUAUAAUUGAGGAUAUUAAAAAGACAUGCCCAUCAAUGGGACUUUCAAUAAUGUCUGAUGGAUGGUCCGACGGUAGAACUCGAAGCAUACUUAUCUUGAUCAACAAUCCUAAGGGCACUGUGUUUUUAAAAAGUAUUGAUGCCUCCUCAUUUAGUAAAAAUGCAGAAAAGUUGUUUAAAAUGUUGGAUGACGUUAUUGAAGAAAUUGGAGAGCAUCUUGUUGUUCAAGUGGUUACUGAUAAUGCUAGUGCCUACAAAGCAGUGAGGCAACCUUUGGAGGCUAUGUUUACUUCUAAAGAGUGGAUAGAGUGUCCUUGGGCGGCUAAACCAAAUGGAAAAGAAGCAAGAAAAACAGUUUUAAAAGACAAGAACUUUUGGCCAAGUUUAAUUUAUGCUAUUAGGUACACAAGCCCUUUAGUUGAAGUGCUAAGGCUAACAAUUUUGAAGGACAAGAACUUUUCGCCAAGUGUGAUUUAUGUUAUUAGGACCACAAGCCCUUUAGUUGAAGUGCUAAGGUUAGUUGAUGGUGAUAAGGAACUGGCUAUGGGAUUUCUCUAUAAUGCAAUGGAUAAGGCGAAGGAAAAGUUAGCAAAUAAUUUGGGUGGAGAAGAAAAAGAUUACAAUGAGAUAUGGGAAAAUCAUUGA